AUGGCCAGCAGACUCCAUUUCUCCUCACUGUCUCCCUCCCUGUUUCUCUCCCUGCUGCUCCCUUCUCUUUUGCUCCUCCACCUGCCCAGUAUGGUGAAAGGGGACUGCUGGCUGAUAGAGGGGGAUAAAGGCUACGUCUGGCUGGCUAUCUGCAGUCAGAACCAGCCACCCUACGAGACAAUCCCCCAGCACAUCAACAGUACGGUUCAUGACUUGAGGCUGAAUGAGAACAAACUUAAGGCUGUGCUCUUAACCUCUAUGUUCCGCUUCACAAACCUUACCGACCUCAAUCUUACAAAGAACGAAAUCAGCUACAUCGAGGAUGGGGCCUUUGCUGGACAAGCCAACCUACAGGUUCUCCAGCUGGGCUACAACAAGCUGACCAAUUUGACUGAGGGCAUGUUGAGAGGUCUAGGUCGAAUGCAGUGCCUCUUCUUGCAACACAACCUCAUUGAGGUCAUUGCCAACAAUGCCUUCUGGGAGAGCCCUAGCCUCAGCAGCCUUGACUUAUCUUCAAAUAAGUUGGCCCGUCUAGAUCCCUCUACCUUCACUGUUCUCAACAGGCUGAUGGUGUGUGAACUAGCAGGAAACCCUUUCCAUUGUGGCUGUGAUCUCUACAGCUUUCUUACCUGGCUUGAGGCAUUUAACAAUGUCACCCACACCUAUGACCGCCUCCAGUGCGAAACACCUCCUGAAAUGACUGGUUAUCCACUCCUAAGCCCAUUGCCUGGACAUGGAAGAAAUGCCCGUUACACUCUUUUGACUAUGUGUCGUGAUGGUGUGAUAAUUCCAGGGAUGACCUCCCAGACGCCAGACCAGGACGGUUCAGGAAUGUUCGACAACCCAGACCAGGGUCUCUAUCAUCAGCCAACCAUAUUGUCUACUCCCGACCCCACCUAUAGCCAUCAGAUUUCGCUGAAGCUUCAAACCGUCUCCUUCUACACUUCUUCUCUAAUGGUGCAGAUCCCACGACCCUACAGUAAGAUGUACAUCCUUUCACAGUACAACCAAACUUUUGUUGCAGAUAUAAUGCCCCUUAAAAACAAGAAGGAGAUAAUCACUUUGGACAAGCUAAAACCACAUACAAACUAUACCUUCUGUGUGGCUUCUGUGAGCAAGUCUCAGCGAUACAACCACACCUGUGUGUCCUUUACCACACGUGGGCCAGAGGACCCGCGAAACAAUCCAUCGACAACUACCCACUACAUCAUGACCAUCUUGGGAUGUCUCUUUGGCAUGGUUAUUGUGCUUGGAUUUGUCUAUUACUGUCUCAGACGUCGUCGCAUCGAGGAAGAGAAGCAGAAAGCUAUAAGUGUGAAGAAAACUAUUUUGGAGAUGAGGUAUGGUCCAGAGGCCGCUGCUACAGUAUCCAAUGACCCAAGUGCAAUGCAGCGUCUCCAAGAGCAGGCUCACCACCAGCACCACCAUUCAGGAGGAGCAGGAGGCAAGUUGCCCCAAUCUGCCUCCUCUAGCACAGGCAUGCUUCACGGCUCAGCCAACACUAGUUCUUCCCGCCUCUCCACCUUGCCACAGGUGGAAAAAAUGGCCACUGCCUUUUCUGAGGCAAUUGGUGGCAAGGGCAGCUACAUGGAUGUAAGGACACAAGGAAUAGCAGUGGAAGGCAGGGAAGGGGUGGCAGCUGGAAGUACAGGGGUUGGAGGGGAAGUAGUUGUGGAUAUGCGGGGUGGGGCUGAGAAUGGGACAGAGGCUGGGGAGGAUUCGGAUGAUGAUGGCCGUGGCUCAGCAUCAGAGAUCUCCACAAUUGCCAAGGAAGUGGACAAGGUGAACCAGAUCAUCAACAAUUGCAUAGAUGCCCUGAAGCUGGAUGCCUCUGCCAAUGUUGUAACCACAGCUGAUAAUGCCACCUCUGUAUCCUGCUCCCAGCCUCCAGCUUGUAUUGCAUCUCUCCCCCGAAACCUUCUUCCCCUCUCACCAGGCCACCCUGGAGAUCAGAUUAUGGCCUCAUCUCCUAAAGUGCAUCCAAAAUCUCACCCCCAGCCUCAUCCUCAGCCACAUCCUCAGCUACAUCAUCAACCUCACCCACCUUCCAUGGCUCCAGUUCCCCUGGUCAUGCCUCUGUCAGAGCGGCCGGGCAUCAGUGGUGGUGGAUUCCUCUCACCUCCUUACCGUGACCCACCCCCAGCCAAUGCAGUGCGGCCACUUCAAAGGCAGUUAAGUGCUGAUACUGCUGUAAAGAACCGUUGUGGUGCCCCUGCUGGUGGAUCAGUCAAGAAUACAAGGGUGUACAGUGUAGAUAUACCAGAGAAGGCUGGUGAUCCUCCCAAGUACCCAGGAGAAAAAGGAAGCCCUGUGGGUUUGGAUGGAGGGGUUGGAAGUGGAGUAAGUGGAGGAGUAGGGGGCUGCAAUGGCAAUGGGAUGGGAAACAUAAAUGGUGGUGGGGUUAGUGUGAAUGGUGGUGGGAUGGGUUGUAAUAAAGUAAGUGGAGGUGGGUUGGUUGGCCCUGGACAGCAGCAGCACCACUUAGAGGUUCAGCCAGACUACCACAGCUCUGAGCACCGCCACUCCUUUCCUGCACUCUACUAUGAGGGUGGAAAUGAAUCACCUUCACCAUCCCAGAAAGCUUCAUUCCUUAAGCCACUGGGCCGCACCAAGAGGGAUGCCACAGCCACAUACUCCCAGCUGUCACCUUCUCGUCACCACAACUACAACUCUGGUUACUCCUCCAGUCCAGAGUAUUCCUCUGAGAGCACACUGCGGAUCUGGGAGCGAUUCCGGCCUUACAAAAAAAGCCCCAGAGAGGAAGCAUCCUAUAUAGCAGCAGGUCAUGCCCUGCGUAAGAAGGUUCAGUUUGCAAAGGACGAGGACCUUCAUGAUAUUUUGGACUACUGGAAGGGGGUAUCUGCACAGCAGAAGCUGUGA